AUGGUUUUCCUUCUCCUCCUCACCGUGCCAACGUACUGUUGCAAACGGAAGAAAACGUCGGUGUCAAAGAAGAAGCACAAGAAGCGGCGUAAGGAGAAAAAGACGGGGAAGCAUUCGACAACUCCUACAACGACAACACCGAAUCUUCCAUUGACUCCGUUGACACCCCAAACGCCUCAAAUGCCAACUCCAGUGAUGACCCAGACUCCAAAAAUAGCUACAACGGCUACACCUGGCUCCACGGAUUCUGCAGAAUCUUUGAAUAAUAAAAAAGAAGUUGUGAUUCUAAUCGGUUCGAAUAAAUCCAAAGAAAGUGUGGAUAAGAAUGAGGAGGAGAAGAAGAGUGAUAAGGAGCAAGAGGAUUUGGGGGAACUUCUGAGAUGCCGUGACUAUACUCCGGAGAAUUUUGCCGAGCUCAAAUGGCUUUUCGAUUUGUUGGAUUAA